AUGUUUCGGACCUUUUUGAAAAGCGCCCGGCCCAGCGUGAAAGCCGGCGCCAGCCCCGGCCGGCACUUCGCGCGGCUGUACAAUUACUCGCACUUUGCGGCGUACCAGGCGCCGCCCUCCAAGUUCAAACGAUUCAUCACCAUGAAUUUGUACCUUGCGUCGUUGACAGCGUUUGCUUAUUAUAUGUGGUGGCCCAAACACACGUUCCCGCCGUCGGUGGCCAAGAUCUUGCGCAAGGGCUUGUGGGCCGAGUCCGACAAGGGCGAAAAGGACUACGAGUUGGCGCUCAAACAUUAUCUCGAGGCGCUAGAAGAAUGCCGUGGUUUGCAGGUGGACCGCUUGUCGGACGAGUAUACUGGCAUCCAGCUCAAGGUGGGCGAGAUGUACGAGCGCAUGGGCAUGGCGGACGACGCCGCGUUUGUUUACAACGAGAUCGCCACUUUGUACCUAUCCGUGUUGAAAGCCCCCGCCAACUCGGCCCAGGGUGCGCGUGUGGGCGGCCGCCGUGGCCACUUGAUCCAGAAGGACUUGCGCGUCGCCCUCAAGUUGGUGGACCUCAACCGCGAAAACCCGCUGCUUGCCAAGGCCAUCUUGAUCACGCACUUGCUAAUAGCUCAGGAGGAGGCCAACCGCAGGAUGGGCUUGGGCUCGGGGGCCGUGUCGUUGCUAGCCGCCGGCGACUUGCUCGGGCUGUCCUCGAGAAAAGACGCGCUGGAAGGCGCCGAGCAGGAACUCGCGUCCAUGGUCAAAGAUCUGAAGGAUGAGGACGUGAUUGUGUUGCAGACCAACCCGGAGGCCUGGGAGCCCUUUGCCGAAGAGUUCUUCAGCGCCAUGGACCUCCUCUCGGCCAUUUGCGUGGCGGUGGGCGACAUCAAGGCCGCCAGCAGUGUGCGUGUCUCCAUGACCAGCAAAAUGCUCGUGGCUGGAAUGGCGCCCGACAAGUUGCUUUUGUCCCAGUGCAACACGGCGUCUCUCCUCUACUUCCAGGCCGAGCAACUCCAGGCCGAGGAGCAGGCGCUCCGCCAGAAAAUGUCCAGUGCUGCGGGCGUGGACUACGCCAAGGUGAAGGCUAUCCACGACCCGCUCCAGCCGAUUGCUGUGCUGCACGCGGAAGCUGAGGAAAUCAGAGACAAGAUCGCCGGGGCUGUUCUGGACGCUGACAAGCGCUCGUACGAGGAAAUCGUGGCCAACAAGCAGAAGCUCAUCGAGAUGGUCAUUGCCACGUACGAGUCGGUGAUCCGGGGCUCAAAGACGUUGCCGCAGGACGUUGUGCGCGACAACACCACCAUAAGCGAGACUGUGGCGUUGGCCACGUACGGCCUAGGCGUGGUGAACUUGCACCUUUCGCAGUACGAGAGCGCCGAGCGGCUAUUGCGUGAGGCUCGAGUGCGGUCAAGGAGCUGCGGCUACGACGGGUUGAUAACCGAGAUCGAGCGGGAGUUGCAGAAGCUUUUUAACGAGAAAAACGCUGUCAUGAAUAAGGACGAGGGCAUUGAAAUGGACAUCCACUUGGUCAAGUGA